UUUUCAUCCAUUUCACCGGAACCGAUUGCGAGAGUUGGAUUAUCAUUUCUCACCCUCAUCUAUCAUCUUUCUUCGGAUCUUAAGCUUCCUCUCGAACAGCAUCAUCCGCUCGACAUAAUAGAUUGGAACAGAGGUGACACUGCAGAGAUUCAUCCACAAUCAAUUCUCGGCUUGUAAGGCAGCCUUUGUCAGAGGGAGGGUCAGGUGUACAGCAAAACAGAUUCAAGUCAUCGUUUGCAACAUUAACAACACUGUAAAUCAUCCUGCUCAACAACACGUUCCGAUUAUUCAUUAGCUAAUAAUACUAUUCCAAAUAUGUAUCCAUAUCAAGGUCGUGGCUCUUCGCAACAGCCACCACCACCUCCUCCACCUGGUUCCUCUGGCUUUAGCAAUCGCGGCCCGAGCAGAAGUCCAGAGCAGACAAGAGCAUCUAUUGCACGAUCCGUUCCACAUUCGCCUGGCGGGAUGAGUAACCAUUCACAUCAUGAAGAUAAUUGGCAUAGAGGCAAUACUGGCAGUGCAGGCUUAGAGAUGCGAGAAGUAAAUUAUCCACCUUCUCACCCUCAAUCACGUUAUCCUGGCUCGGCCAGAGAUCGGGGCGAUGAAUAUGGGAAUCGUGUGGGUCAUUGGAUGGAUGAUAGAAAGUAUGGACCUCCGCCUCCUUCUUCGCGUCAACAACAAUCACACCAACCUCCGCCUUCUCGAUCGAUCGAUGAUCGCGGACGAAAUUUCGGUCAAAAUCCUCCACCGCAUUUCUCACAUCCGUCUUCACCUUCUCAAAGGCCGAGAACGCCGCCUCCACCAAGUUCGAGAAAUGUAGGAAGUGGUGAUGUUGGAAGUAGAGCAUCGCCUUGGGAUCCAGUUGCUGCAGGACCAAUGUCAGCACCGCCUUCUAUGGUUCCUAGAAUGCAUCCAAAUCAAUCAAGCUCACAUGGCAUGCAUCAUCCAAAUGCUUCUUCUCAUCAUACUUCACCACGCUUGCCGGCGCUUUCGCACGAAUCAGGCAGAAGUAGCAGCGAAGGUUUAGGCAAUCAUCCAGGCAAUCCUAAUCAGAUGAAUAGUCAAUCCAGCAGUGGACAUCAUAGAAUACCGAGCUGGGGAGCACAAUCAGCCAAAGAAGGAAUGGCGAUUAGAUCUCCACCACGAAGCAUGGGAUCUGCGCCAGGUUCGAAUGCCAGUCGUAUGGGCGGUCCUGGCCCUGGGCCAUAUCGUGGUGAAAGUAUGGGUCCAUAUGGUCGCAAUGCCGAAAUGAUCAACCCGCCUCCCAGAUCCAUGGAUAGCAGAAAGCGUCCAGCAAGUGAAUCACCGCCAACGUCAAUGGGACAUGCGCCUUUACCGCCUCAACAAGCAUCGCCUACGCAAAGAGCUGAUGUGAUGAGUAUGAGCUCGAUCUUGGGUCCAAGCGGAGGACGUGCUUCUAGUGUUGCGCACGAUUUUGCACCAGAAUCAGAUUCAGUGAUGAAUUCUGCUGAGAAACGUAGACGGUUGGAAGCAGGGCAAAGUUCACCACCAAAAGGAGACAAUGGUCCACCAUUGCAAGGUCGUACUUCCAACGGAAGUGCGAAUGGAAGUAAUUCUGUUAAUCCAAACAAUGUCAAUGCAAUCUCAAUUUCGGAAGCUGCAGCUGCCAAUUUGGCAAGAAGGAAAUGGAGUGGACCUAUCGCUGAAGAAGCUGCACAACAAGCAGCCGCCUGGCGAGCGCAAGAGCAAAGAUGGGGUGCAGGUGGAAAUACUAGAAGUCCAAAAGUGGGUAUGAUGCCAUUAGGAGGGGCUGGAGAGCGUCAAAAUUCACCGUUUGGGCAACGCUCCAACUUGAGCGGUAGAGGUGCAAGUCCGAUUGGUCAAGAAGGUCACAGACGCCAGCGCAGCGAUGGAUUGCAAGCUCCUCCUGGACCUGGUGGUCAGCCUAGUCCUUUAGCACGUACUAUGCCUUUGCGUCCAUCUUCUCCGCCUCCACCAUCCACAUCGCAGCAGGGAGGUAGGGCUCAAUCCAAGCCUCCAAAACCACAACCACAAAUGCAACAGCAACCGCCGCCUCUUCCACCACAUUCUCAACAACAUCAAGCUGGUCCAGGUGGAUUCGGUGGAGCACCACCUCCAGGCUACUAUCGUGGUACAACGCCUCCUCCACCAGGAGCAAAUCUCGGACCGCCUCCAGGAAGUGGGAUGCAACAGCAACAUUUCGGUCCAGGCCCUCCUCCACAACAUCAACAGCAGAUGUAUAAUCAGCCAGGCUAUCAUGCCUAUGACAAUCAAGGUCGUCCGAUGGAAAUGGAUGUUGAUGAAGUACGUGGAGGAGGAUUUGCAGGUCAUGGACAUCCUCCUCCGCCUCCUCAUAUGACAGAGGCUGGCUAUAGACAUGCAAUGGGACCAUAUGAAGAACCGCCAAUGAUGAUGCAGCAACGUCCACCACAGAUGCAAAACCCACAAUCUCGUCGUGAGCCCGGUCCUCCGUCACAAGGACAUGCAAAGAAAUCUUCGAUGCAUCUAGAGAACAAAGGAAACGUUUCACAAAGAUCAAUCAAUCAGCAACAAGGCCCACCACCUGGCUCUCAACCGCCAAAGCAAGUUCAUCGAUCUGUAAGUCCGGUCAUGCCAGGUCCCGCUCGUGGCUUGCUGCCGCCUAGACUGGAGAAGCAAAGACCAACAACGACUGGCAGACCUUUGGUACCUUCGAAAGAUUUUAAUGUUGGACCCAAAGUUGACAGUGAUGCUGUUCGAGUUGCAUUGAAAGAAGCAAUCGAAGCGCCAAGAGGAUUGAUCAGUGGAGCGAAUACAGCACAAAGUGUACAAGAAGAACAUUUGAUCAAUGCUGAUUCGGAGUACAGUAUUCCGUUCGGAAAACAUCUUGGCAGUUUCAUCUAUGAUGCACGCAAGAUACCUCUUUUGCCUGGAGAUCUUUUACGUAGAAACGUUGGAGCAACUUUGGAAGUGCGCAUUCCGGGUAGAGCUUUAGGUGUCGGGCCACAAAGCGAAAAGGAUUUAGAAGGUAUCAUGCAUGGUCGAUGGGCUGUGAAUUCGGAAUCGAAUAAUGAUUCCGACAAAGCACAAUCGAAUCCAAACGCGCCUACAAAUGGAAAUGCAAAUGGCGAUGCUACAAAUGUUUCGGAAGCUGAUGCUGAUAUUGAUGCGUUUGCAUUUUGGAACAAUGAUGUUUUUUUGAAACGCAAAGCAUGGGGCACGGAUGUUUACACGGAUGACAGCGAUGUUGUGAUGAUGUGCUUGCAUUCCGGUUACCUGCUAGGACCAAAUCUUGAAAGUGUACCUGCUUGGGUUCCUCCAGGAAAGGCGGUGAAUGCAUGGAAACGAAUGACGGAUGAUUUGGCUGCACGUGCAAGAAAUGGUGAAUUGGAAGAGAAUGACAAUGCCAUCCUUUCUGCGACAGUGCCGGGACAAGAUGUUGAUCAAGUUAUCAAUCUUUCUCCUGAAUCGAUCAAAGGAAGAAAUGAACGAUUAGACAAGACGAUGGACAUUUCCGUUGUUUUACGUGUUGCGCCUCAAUUGAUUGCUUAUAAAGGUAGUCAAAGAGGCGGAGUGAAGACGAGAAGUUGGGGUAACACUCAUGAUGGCGUAAGUCUUGUGAUCGAAUCUGUUCAACUACAACCACCAGGCUAUGCUUCUGGUGAACGUGGGCUGAAACGAAUGAAGCAAAGAAUCGAUCAAUUAGCACGAUUGAAGAUGUUGGCAACCAUUGCUGGAGAUGCAGGAGCUAUAAAGGAAAGUGUGGAAGAGCAAGUAUCGUCAGCAUUACCCACAAAUGCUCAAAACGAUACUGAAUCCACCAAGAAUCAAUUAUUAGCAGGUGGCUUGUUGGAUAUCUUGGCUGCAGCGAAAUUAAUCUCAAGCGAGAAUGAAAUCACAAAGAACGGUAAUGCAGAAAGUGCAUUAGAAACACAAAAACGCUUUUGGCAAUUCGAUCCAAUGAUUGAUGUCAAAGCAGCCUGAAGCUGAAAAAAGAAAACCAAAAAGGGAAGGGAAUGAAUUUUGUAUGAUGUUGACUUAUUCACUGUUUCUAUUUAAUUGUACACAAUGCAGGCUUGAAGAAAAUUAUGUGCAGAUCAUCACACAGACUGUUUCAUAAUGAGAAUAUUGUAAAAAUUGAAUGAUGUUA